UUUCUCCGGUUCUCGAUAGAUGGCGAUAAAAACGUACGUCGUUAACUCGGAGUAGCUGCAAGCGGUAGGAAGGUGUAUCGUUUUUCGGUGUCAAAGAAGACGAAUGUCUCGAGAAGAAAAUAUUUGCUCGUUUUCUGGAAGACGAACGUGUUUGCCGUCCGUGUGUCGCGUGAUCGAUUCGAGAAAGGAGCGGACGCGUGGCGCGAUAAAUUUCGCUGCUCGGUAAUUUCUGGCCGAUCGCAUCGUGCGAGUUUGUCUCACCUAACCUCAAAGUUUGCUUCGAAUUGGCGACGAAACCGGUCGAUCGACGGCACAUCGUACGUGUUUCGUUAGGAUCGCGACGAUACGUUCGUAGCCGGACGAGGAAGGCGUAAAUAAGGGAAGGAAGGAAUCGAUCGAUCGCAGCGAUAACGGUCGCGCCGUGAAAGCUUUGCCCCGAAAGUCCGAUGACGAAAAUGGGUUCGCAGCAAAGUCCAGCCGCGUUGCAGUCGACGGUGGAUCGCGAGAAGGUUUACGCCUGGAUAAUCGAAUUGUCGAAUUCGGAGACGAGGGAGAACGCGUUGCUGGAACUUAGCAAGAAACGGGAGGUCGUGCCCGAUUUGGCUCCGAUGCUUUGGCAUUCGUUCGGAACGAUCGCGUCGCUGCUUCAAGAGAUAAUAAACAUAUAUCCGGCUAUCAAUCCGGCCACUCUAACCGCGUAUCAGAGCAAUCGAGUGUGCAACGCGUUGGCUCUGUUGCAGUGCGUUGCCAGUCACCCGGAAACCAGAUCCUCGUUUCUGCAGGCUCACGUGCCGCUGUUCUUAUAUCCGUUUCUACACACGGUCAGCAAGACCCGUCCGUUCGAGUAUCUUCGAUUGACCAGCUUGGGAGUGAUAGGAGCUUUGGUAAAGACCGACGAGCAAGAGGUGAUUACGUUCUUGCUCACUACGGAGAUCAUCCCGCUUUGCUUACGCAUCAUGGAAAGCGGCUCCGAAUUAAGCAAGACGGUGGCUACGUUCAUCCUGCAGAAGAUUUUGCUCGACGAUAGCGGUCUUUCCUACAUCUGCCAAACGUACGAUCGAUUCAGUCACGUUGCCAUGAUUUUAGGAAAGAUGGUGUUAUCCUUGGCCAAAGAUCCUUCCGCCAGGCUGUUGAAGCACGUGGUCAGAUGUUAUCUCAGACUGUCGGACAAUCCAAGGGCGUUGCUGGCGCUCAGACAGUGUUUACCGGAUCAGCUGAGGGACAACACGUUCGCCACUUGCCUGCAAGAGGACGCAUCCACGAAACACUGGUUGAAUCAGCUUUUGAAGAAUUUAGAGACCGGCCCUCAACCCGUGCCACCGGCGCAACCGGGUCAACAGGAUCCUAGAACUAUCGGCUUGUCGCCACUUGCUUCUUAAACCGUGGUCGCCUUCCAGAGUCGAGGCGAAACACGGAAACGCGAUCGUCGGUUACGACACCGCACGUCUGUCGGACGGCAGAGUGUCGGGCGAGCGAUAGAUCCGGAUACGAAAUGGAUCGUCGUCCCGUGUUGCCCCGUGGGACACGAUGCGGGAUUACCACCGCGACGAGCGGUAGGAAACUCGAUGCGACGGUGAAAUCUAAAAGCAGACGGAGAAACGACGAAGCGUUGCCAUUGGUGAAAGAAGAGGGAUCGUGGCGUUCACGGACACGGAAUCCAUAGUCUCCGAUCGAAAUGGUAGGAGAAACCGUGGCCGUGUUCUUCUUCCGCAUACUUUUUUUCCUUCUCUACUUUCCCCUUUCGCUUCCUCCUUGCGUAGCUUUUACCCCAAUCUCGACGAACGCCCUCUACGCUUGUAAUUAUUCUUUGUACAAAGGUUGUAAAUGGAAAAUACAAAAAAAUAUACGUGUGUA